UCGAGCGAUCUUGUUGCCAUUAGUUGCAAUAUUCAACGAGACGUAUAUAUAGUAAAUAGAGGCGAGAAAUUUAUGACGGAACGUUGUGAGUUCGGAACUCUACUUGCGCUUAAGCUAUACCCAUAGGAUCACCGCAUUCUUACAUCAAUAUCAACUCUGCUGUUGAAGGAUCAUUGUGCGGCAAGGGGCUGUCCCUGUCUGUAUCAUCACCAGACACGUUUGACAAGACAGAAUCUUACUGAUCAUCACCAUGGCAGAUGGCCAAGAAAAUCAGUCUCCAAGGCAACCAAGGAAUUUGCAGGGACUUCUGAAUUUUUGUACAGAAAUAACUGCAAGAGAAGAUUCAACACAACCAACAAAUUUUCAGCAGCUAGAUCCAGAGCGACGCAGAUUUUUAGAAGAGGCCUUGAAUUCUCUCACGGUAAAUGUUGCUAAGAAGAUGGCGGAGAGUGUCAAGACCUUAUGUAGUGAAGCUGUAACAAUGAGUGGUGAGGACGUAACAGAACAGGAAGAGGCAAUGGCAGUGAUUGAGGAAUAUGUGGAUGACAUGGAUCAUGCUAUUGAUUUGUAUAAGAUGGGAGGCUUUCCAGUGUUAAUGCGAUGCUUGGACUCUCCUCACCCAUCACUUCGAGCAGGGGCUGCUGGACUGAUUGGAGAUGUUUGCCAGAAUAACCUGCAAUGUCAACAGAACAUGCUUGCACUAAAUGUUAUUCCUCAGCUUCUCCAAAUGAUUGAUGUGGAUGAAGAUGUCACAUCAAGAGUGAAAGCAAUGUAUGCUUUGUCAUGCUUGAUACGUGAUUUCCCAGAGGGAGAGAAAGAGUUUGUGAAGACACAAGGUUUCUCAUACUUGAUGCGUGCAAUGCAGUCUGGAGUUGAGAAAUUAGUGAUAAAGUCUGCAUUUCUUCUCAGCAGACUUAUUCAAGAAAAUGAUUCCUUUAAAGGGGAGUUACUAUCUAUGGGUUAUGUGGAACAGUUAUUCACUCUGCUGAGCAGUGAGAAAACAGGCUGCAUUUCCCGGGAGCAUUGUACAGCAGCUCUGCUUAGCCUUGCUUCAUCCUAUCCACCAGCAUUGACAGAGUGCAUGAGACCUGAAUUACGUUUAAAACAUCAUCUUACUGCAAGACUUAAGGAAAUUAAAACUAAACAGGAAUCAGUGGAGGAAAAGGGCUACAUUAUGGAGCUGUUAAAGCUGAUGGAAGAAUCUGAAGUUGAAGAGGAAAACACAUUCAGAUAGCUCUAUUUAUCUCACCUGUAAAACAUUGUCCUUAUCCUCAUUACAAGCAUUAACAUUAUCAGAAGAUACUUCUUGCCAAGACAUCAGCUUCUUGUUCUUUGGUUGAUGUCUAGCAGUUUCAUAAUCAUGAUUUCCUGUUGCUUAAGCUGAUUUUAUUUGCAUAUUUGUAGCUUGCUUUUGUCAUAAAAUGUCCAAUCUGCAAUCUCACUAACAAAAAAUCAAGUUGUUCGUUAUAAAUGUACAUUAAUUAAAAUAAUGUAUGUAUAUGCUUUCAACUUUGAAGAAGAUUUGAGAUUAAGUAAAACAGCUGGCUAAAAAUCUGUAUGUUCUCAUUUCAUGCUAAUUUUUACCAUAUAAAAUGUCAUUGUAAAAAUAAACCAUAGCAACUGAAA